UAUAAAAAUUAAUUUGCUGUGUUCUCGUUCCCUGGAAGUAAUCAAGCAUUUCCCCCAGUCCAUCUCUAUCUCGUUACCCUUCCACGCCUUGAUUCCUUCAUUUUCAGUGUAAUCGUUUCGAAAACCCUAAUUUGGAUGCCACGAUCCGCUGUUUGCAGAUUGUGGGGUUCCAGAUAUUCUAGAGGAAAAACACCGGAACCUGUUUGAUGCAUUAGUUGGACUGGUCGAAUUUCCUUCAUUGCAGUGCUGCAUUUUGGUUUUGGCCGGAAUUGACAGGGUCUGAAUCGAAUAUCUGAAAGUUUUUGUUCGAGUUUUUGGUGCUGGAUUUGGCGGGUGUCGUCGGAAGGAGGAUGAACGAUGCCGGUGCUGCGUAGUGGAGUGCGCAGGGGCCGAAUAGCAGCGAAGCAACAGCAAGAGAAGCAGCCUAAUCCGAUCGAAGAAGGCGAAGCGAUUGCAACGAGGACAAGGAGGAGAAGGGCGGCGGCGGCGGCGAAGGAUAACAAGCAACUGAAACAGCAACAGAAGCAGGUAGUGGUGGAUGCGGUCAAUGACAACGUAGUUGUCCCGGCCAAGGAGGAGGAGGCGAAAAGGGGUUUGGACGAAGCUCUUCUCCGUAUUGGCACCACAGGUGGUGGGGCCAGUGGUGGUGUGGUUGGCGACUGCGGAGAGGAGAAGGAAGAGAUAGAGGAGAAGAAAAUGGGUGAUCAGGAUAGUGGAGCUCGGAGCAACGAUAAGGCCAAUGUUGGUGAAGAUGAGGGGAACACCGCUCCUGUCCCUGAGAGGGUUCAAGUCGGUGGUUCCCCUUGGUAUAAGAUAGAGAAAAAACUGGGGAAGGGUGGAUUUGGACAAGUAUAUGUUGGUCACCGUGUUAAUGGUGUAAAUAUGAAUGAGAGAACUGGACCUGGAGCUGUGGAGGUUGCAUUGAAAUUUGAGCAUAGAAGUAGUAAAGGAUGUAACUAUGGGCCACCACAUGAAUGGCAAGUAUACAACACUCUAGGUGGUAGUCAUGGUGUGCCAAGAGUACACUACAAGGGCAGGCAAGGUGACUAUUAUAUCAUGGUUAUGGAUAUGCUGGGACCUAGCUUGUGGGAUGUCUGGAAUAAUAACUCUCAUUCAAUGUCCACUGAAAUGGUUGCGUGUAUUGCCAUUGAAGCAAUAUCCAUAUUGGAGAAGAUGCACUCGCGCGGGUAUGUGCAUGGGGAUGUGAAGCCUGAAAAUUUUCUGCUCGGUUCUCCAGGGACCCCAGACGAGAAAAGAUUGUUUCUUGUUGAUCUUGGAUUAGCUUCUAGAUGGCGGGAUAAUUCAACAGGUGUACAUGUGGAAUAUGACCAAAGGCCAGAUGUUUUUAGGGGCACUGUCCGCUAUGCUAGUGUGCAUGCACAUUUAGGGAGAACUGCCAGCAGGAGGGAUGAUCUGGAAUCCCUUGCUUAUACGUUGAUUUUCCUUCUUCGAGGUCGUCUUCCUUGGCAGGGGUUCCAGGGAGAAAACAAAGGGUUUUUUGUUUGCAAGAAGAAGAUGGGAACAACUCCAGAGUGCCUGUGUUGCUUCUGCCCUCAGCCUUUUAGGCUUUUUGUUGAACAUGUAGUAAAUUUGAAGUUUGACGAAGAUCCUAACUAUGCAAAAUAUAUUUCUCUGUUUGAUGGGAUUGUUGGUCCAAAUCCUGACAUUAGACCCAUAAAUACAGAAGGUGCACAAAAGCUAAUUGGUCAUAAGAGAGGUCGGUUGGCUAUGGAAGAAGAGGACGAUGAGCAACCAAAAAAGAAGUUCCGAAUGGGUCUCCCAGCAACACAAUGGAUAAGUAUAUACAAUGCUCGCAGACCUAUGAAACAAAGAUAUCACUACAAUGUGUCAGAUGUAAGGCUUUCCCAGCACAUUGAAAAGGGAAAUGAGGAUGGCUUGUAUAUAAGCAGUGUCGCUUCUUGUUCAAACCUGUGGGCCAUAAUCAUGGAUGCAGGCACUGGUUUCAGCGACCAAGUAUAUGAACUUUCUCCUCAGUUUCUCCAUAAGGAAUGGAUAAUGGAGCAGUGGGAAAAAAAUUACUACAUCAGUUCAGUUGCUGGAGCUACAAACGGGAGCUCAUUAGUAAUCAUGUCCAAGGGCACAUCAUUUGUACAGCAAUCUUAUAAAGUUAGUGAUUCAUUUCCUUUCAAGUGGAUUAACAAAAAAUGGAGGGAAGGCUUUUAUGUUACUGCAAUGGCCACCUCAGGGGUCAGAUGGGGAGUAGUUAUGUCACGGGGUGCCGGAUUUUCUGACCAGGUGGUUGAACUGGAUUUCCUUUAUCCCAGCGAAGGGAUUCACAAGCGUUGGGAUCAUGGAUACCGCAUAACAGCGACUGCUGCAACUUGGGACCAGGCCGCCUUUGUGCUCAGUGUGCCGAGGAGGAAGCCUGCCGAUGAAACACAGGAAACCCUCAGGACUACGGUUUUUCCUAGUACGCAUGUUAAGGAGAAAUGGGCAAAGAACCUUUACAUUGCAUCAGUUUGCUAUGGGCGAACUGUUUCUUGAUGACUAAAUGUGAAGUGGCUUGGUCAGAGGCUCCAAGAAAUUUUGUUGACUAAGCUUGUAAUCAUUGCGAUGUAGAAAAGCUUCAUCAAAAACCUUACUAUGCCAAUCGUGUGAAGUUCUGUUUUGAUGUCAAUGAUUAGUUUCAUGGCCAUA